AUGAGGAGAUUAGCCUUCUGCCUUCUCCUGCUUUCACAGGCGACCAGCACGUUGGGGACAAACGCACAGUACUACCAGGAGAAUCUCGGAGACGGCACCGCCAGGCGAGAGCCUGCUGAUCACCGUCUCGGUCCCAGGACGGAUGUCGGGACAGACCAUGCCCAGCCGGCGGCUCGGCAGCCAGGGGCCGAACUCGUCGACGCCGCACUUGCGCAGCUGACCAAAGUGUCGCGGUCGUCCCGGCAGCGGAGGAAGAGGGCAAGCGGGCUCGUGGGGACCGUUGUCCGCUAUAUCCUAGACACCAUUCCUACGGGACCGGCUGCGGCCCCGGUUCCAGGCCAGCCAAAACCCGCGGCGAGCGGUCCUCUCGGGAAAGCCGUCCAGCUGCUGGAAACGGCCGCGAACCAAAACAACUCGGAUGCUCUGCACCUGUUGGCCGAGUUCAGCUUCUUCGGCAACCAUAGCUACCCGAGGGACCUCCACGCCGCCUACAGAUACUACGACGAUCUGGCCAGCAACCACGGCAACACGACCGCGCAGUACAUGCUGGGCCUCUUCCACUCGACCGGCAUCGGCAACGUGGUGCCUCGAGACCAGGCCAAGGCGCUGCUUUACUACACCUUCGCCGCCAUACGGGGAGACGCUCGGGCCGAGAUGGCGGCGGCCUACAGGCACCACGUCGGCAUCGGCGCCUCGAAGAGCUGCGACGUGGCCGUCAGGUACUACAAGCGCGUCGCCGACAAGGCCGUCCAGUGGUACCGAUCCGGCCCUCCCGGGGGCGUGUCGUGGAUCUCGCAGAGCUGGCGGAUCGCCGACGACCACGGCGGCGUCUACGGCGAGGGCGCCAGCGCAGCCAGCUCCGGCAUGAACGCGCGCAAGGUCAACGUGCACUCGGAUGCCAACGCCGCUAUCGGCGACGUCAUCGAGUACCUGGACCUCAUGUCGCAAAAGGGGGACAUCAAAGCCUCGCUCAACCUGGGCAGGAUAUUCUACGAAGGGCAGCGGGGGCUCGGCCAGGACUUCAACGUGGCGCGCAAGUACUUCCUCCAGGUGGCCUACAAGUACUGGAGGAAGGACGGCCGGCUCGCCGAGAACGUCAAGCCGGGCACCGACAAGAUUGCCGCCAAGGCCGCGGGUUUCCUUGGCCGCAUGUACCUCCGGGGCGACGGCGUGCCGCAAAGCUUCGACAGGGCAAGAGUGUGGUUCGAGCGCGGCAUCAAGCUCCGCGACCCCCAGUCGCAGUACGGCAUGGGCCUGAUGCUGCUCAACGGCCACGGCGAAAAGGAAAACGUCAGGCGAGCCUCGGAGCUGCUGCAGCAGGCCGCGGCCGGCGACUACGCCCCGGCUCAGGUGGAGAUGGGCCGCCUGUACCUCGACCAAGGCGACUCGGGGGACCUGCAGGCGGCGAGCAACUUUUUCGACCUCGCGGCCCGGUACGGCAACAUCGAGUCCCACUACUACCUGGCGGAGAUGAUGCACCACGGCGUGGGGCGCGAAAAGUCGUGCAGCCUGGCCCUGGGCUACUACAAGAACGUCGCCGAGAAGGCGGAGCCGCUCGUCUCCUCGUGGGGCGACGCCAACGAGGCGUACGGCUCCGGCGACUACGAGCUCGCUGUGCUCGAAUAUCUCAUGGCCGCCGAGCAAGGGUACGAGAAGGCCCAGAACAACGUGGCCUACCUGCUCGACAUUGUGCAGUCGAAAAAGUCGACCCCGAGGUGGCUGGGCGGCGGAGUCGGGGCCGAGAGCGCCUUGCUGGACAACCCCAGCCUGGCCUUGAUCUACUGGACCCGGUCGUCGAAGCAGUCCAACGUCGACUCGCUCGUCAAGAUGGGAGACUACUACUUUUACGGCCUGGGUGCCGAGCCAGACGUCAAGAAGGCCGUCCAGUGCUACGCGGGGGCGUCGGAGUACUCCCAGAGCGCCCAGGCGCUUUUCAACCUGGGCUGGAUGCACGAAAACGGGCUGGGCCUCGAGCAAGACUUUCACCUGGCCAAGAGGUACUACGAUCAGGCGUUGGAGGUGAACGAGGAGGCCUACCUUCCCGUGACCCUCAGUCUGCUCAAGCUCCGUAUCCGAAGUGCCUGGAACACGAUGACGCAUGGAGACGUUCACUCUAUUGAAGAGGAGCCUAGUAAAAGCAAGGACUGGUCUUUGUCUGAGUGGAUCGCGAAUUUCAUGAAGGACGAUGGCUCCUACGACGACGAGGUCGAGAACACCAACUACAUGAAUGACGACGAUGCCUUGGACGUGGGAGACGAUGACUAUCUCGACGCAGGUGGCGUGGUGGAAAGCGUCCUCAUCCUAGGCGUCACAAUGUCCCUGGUUCUACUCCUGUGGUAUCGACAGAGGAUGCAGCAGGCCAACGCGCAAGCCGACGAGGCCAGACGACGAGGGCAAAACCACGAGCAGCCGCAGCAGCCGCAGCAGCCGCAUCCACUGCCGCAACCGCAACCGGGCCAAGGCGGCAAUGCGGCAAAUCCAGUCAACGGGUUCGCCGGAUGGGCUGCCGGUGGAAUGGGGCUAUAG